UGUCUCCUGGGUAGGGGUGGAUAGAGUUCAGAGGGAAAGGGACAUCUUGUCUUCCCCUGGAUCCUUGAACUACAUGGGAAGGAAGCAUCAUAGACCAAAGGGAAGCCUGUGCUUAACCCCCUCCCCCUUGAAAUUGGACCAGAUUAUCCACCUCCUCCACUCUUCCAUGAAUCACUCUUUCUACUCAAAGCAAGCAAACAAGGUUCGUCUUCCCUGAGUCUGACCACAGACCAUCUUAUUCCCUCCCCAAGCAUUUCCUUCUCCUAUACUAAGGUCUCUGAGCCACAGGCCUGCUUUCAGUUUUCAACAGGGGCCACAAAUUGCACUCUGUGAUUUUGAUCCAGAAACUCUCCUCUGUGGGAACAUCAUUGGCUCAGCGGAUAGGGAAAUAGUGACCUUUCCUCACUAAUGUGGGGUUCGUGCAGCUUGGUGAGGCCAUGAAGACAUCUUGAGAAAGUGACCCAUUCUGCUUUCCUCCAAUAGGUGCAGAGGACAACAGGUCCAUGGCAAACAUCCUCACAAAUUAACUCUUGGGGUACAUGUUCUCUCCAAUAACUGAUGCCACUCAGAAGGAUCAAAAGAGAUGGAUUCAAUUGAAAAAACAGACAAGGAAAAGUUACAAGAAAAUGUAUCUCCUACCAUCCCCUCUCUGACAGGCAAUGAAGCAUUCCAUAUCUUUGUGAGCUACAGUAGCAUGGACUCCUCCUGGGCCCACACAUUCAUCAGAAAACUAGAGGCCGAUUACUCAGAUCUAAGGAUUUGCUACCAUGAGCGAGACUUUCUUCCAGGAAAAAACAUAGUUGAGAACAUGGUCGAUUGCAUCCAGCAGAGUCAAAAGAUGCUGUUGAUCCUUAGCCAAGACUUUGUCCAGAGCAGAUGGUGUUUGUUGGAGGCCAAUCUCUCUGUCUUUCGUUACUGUAUGGAGAGAAAGCCCGUCAUCCCCAUCAUGCUAAAGCCCUGCCAGGUUCCACUUCAUUUGAACCAUUUGACAUACCUGGAUGUCAAUGACAGCUCCUUCUAUGCAAAGGUCAUGAAAGCCCUCUGCACACCUAACCAUCUCAUGAAGCAUUCCACACUUGUCCCAUACCAGCUUCCCUCAAUCUACAAUGGGAAGACCCUGAUGACCCUGCCCUGUAUCAAUAAAGACAACCUUCCAUCUUGGAAAUUGGGAAACUUCAGUACUUCUAACAUACCUGAUCCCCUGAGAACAGUCAUAGAUGAUCCAGAGGUUUAUAGCAGAGCCAUUAACAUCCUGAAUGCAGUCUCUUCUUCCAAAUGUUGUUUCCGAUAUUUAGGUUGUAGGAUUACAUUAUGCAUUAUCCUCUCAAUCCUUUGCCUAGUUUUUUCUUUCUUUGCUAUUACAAGUUUCUUUCCAUCAUAUCAACGAUUAAAAGACACCAACAGGGACACUUUAAUUUUUGUCUUGGAACAUGUCCCUAUGCUGUUUCUGAGUAUGAGCAUAAUAGCCUGCAUAGUAAAUAUGAUGUGUUGGGGUAGAAGAUCAAGAAAAGAGAAAUUACGAGAGUUGAACCUAAAAGUAGGAGAAGCCAACCUCAUUCUGGCCAGCCACUCUGUGCUGAUUGGCUGUGAAACCAUAAACAAACUCUACUUUGUAUAUGUUUCACUUAAAGAAUGUAAACAAGUUUUCCUGGAGACCUUUCCUAAUGAAAGCCCAUCUGCUGAGGAGAUGUUCCAAAGUGCGAUAAUCCGCUACUCUUCCAAUUAUGCCUGCUGUGUCGCCAAUAAGCACUUUCCUCUUGCUGAAGAAGUGGAAGAGGAAGGUCACAUGAGUGAUGGCACAUGUUUCUGCCAAUAAGUAGUUCCAAAGAACUUAAGUGACUUUCCCAAGGUGAUUCAGAUGGUAAGAGGCAAGACCAGGACCUGAACCCAGCUUCUUUGACUCUAUAUCCAGGGAUUUUUUUUUUUUGCCAAUUCCCCAACUGCAUUCCUCCAUAUCUAGCCAUGCCACUAAGAACAAAUCAAAGUGAGAUGACUGGGUUUGUAGAAAUGGGAAUAAAAUAUAUAUCUUAUUAAAUAAUUUAAUGAAUCCACUAAAAUUUCUGUACUCCUUUCCUUGGCCUAAAUACCAGAAAAAGCCAAUACCCAGGGGCAACUUGCCUAAUUUUAUCAAAACCAGUUGAAAAAAACAUAUAUAAGAAAAGAGAAAUACCCAAGCAGAGAGAAAGAACCAACAAUUUUCAUACUCGGAGUAAAUGGUAUAAUAUAUAUUACUUUCAAAUAAAUUUGGGAGGGGUAGUUAUGGCAGAAGAGAUCCUAGGGCAAAAUGAAGCCUCUGUGGAUGGGGGAAGAGAAGUUAUACCAAAAGAAGAUAGGAGGACCUCACCUCGACUUCCAGGUGGCAAAAUGGAUCAGGAGAGAAAAAAGUCAUUUCCAAAGUUUUAAAAAAUUGAUGUUAAAGUUUGUUUUAUAUAUAUAUUUCAAAAAAUAAAAUU